UCCCCAAGAAAAAACAACCAAACAAAGCAUAAAAAAGUGGCAGUGAAGCCCUAAACGGCGAAGAAGUCUGUUCGGCAACGCAAGUUACGCAACCAACUUUCACAGUGAAAUUGGUGUGACUUCUCUCUUUCUCUCUCUUCUGGGCUUCACUUCAAUCAUGGCUGAACAAAGUGCCGAGUCGCUAGAGCCCCAACUCGAAGCGCAUCAACCUCCAGCUCCCUCCAACAGUAAUCUUCCGGAACUUUUAAUGUACAAGAACCGUUUGCAAGAGUACACUCAAAAAUCAUCCAUACCACUCCCAGUUUAUCAAACAAUUAAUGAAGGAGUUCAACAUGAGCCGAGGUUUAGGUCCACUGUCUGGGUGGAUGGAGCAUCAUAUACAUCUCAUCAUGUAUUUUUACAUCGAAAGGCUGCAGAGCAAGAUGUUGCCAGGGUGGCUUUGGAUGGUAUAACACAGAAGAUAAAAGAGGAAGGAUCUCCACUUAUUCGUGAGGAUACAGUCUUCUGCAAGUCUAUCCUCAAUGAAUAUGCAGUCAAGAUGCAUCUGGAGAAACCCACUUAUAACACAAUUCGGUCAGAGGGGUUGCUUCCAGUUUUUGUAUCUUCCUUGGUGUUCGAUGGUGUGACUUACACUGGCGAGGCAGGCAAAAACAAGAAAGAGGCUGAACAGUUGGCAGCACGGGCUGUUAUCCUGUCAAUUUUGGGUACUUCCGACUCAAGAACUGUCAUCACUGAGAUCAUCAAGUCUAAAGUCAAGCUUUAUGCUGCGUUGCAUAAAGUUGACUCCACCCAGAGUGGCAUUAAUCCUGUGGCAGUGAGCACAGCAGGAACUAGUUUAGCCAUUCCUGUGAAUAAGGGGAAAGAUAUUGAAGUUUCUGGGUAUAUCAGUAACACGCCAAACACUGCAAUUCCAUACCCUUGGUCGGGCCAACUCAACAUUAUUCCGGCAACUCACCAGCCUUACAUUCCAGCAACGCACCAGCCUUAUGUGCCAACAGCUCACCAGCCUUUCCAUGAAUUCAAGAAACCUAAAUUUGAACCAUCAUCUGAGGCAAUUACAAUUACACCUCCUAUUGUUUUUGUGCCUCCAGCACUCGGACAACCCCUGGCUGUUGGUUCAAGUUCUACAAGAAAACGACGCAAGAAGAAGGCUAAAAAGAAAUCUCGGGUUGAUGCUCAGUUGCCUGUUGCUGUGGUGCCUUCAAGUCAAAUUCCUUCUUAUUCAGUUGCCCAAUGAGUAGCUCAAAUGUCUGUAUUUUUUUGGUUUCAUGUUGCUGUGCUGUUGCUUUUAAUGAAGCCCAUCCCUUGUUCAAUAUUCUAGUGAGAAGGUCAUUCCAUUUUUGUAUUUACUUGUUGGGUAUGUAUCAAGCCUCCUUUCUCUUGUUGGAUGUUGAACUUUUUUUCCCUGUAAUAUAUCUGAUAUUUGGGACACAUCUUACAUUAUCGAUUAAUGUGUUGUAGUUUUAGGCCAUGUUUGUCGGGAUUGGAUUGGAGGAGGGGGGAUACAAAUCCCUGGAUUGUCCCUGGACUAAUAGUUCCUCUUAGUGUUUGGAAAUACAAAUCACUGGUCUGAAUUAAUGCUUGAACUACGGGCCACUGUGGGAUUGGAUUGGAAUCAUUCGAUAAUCUAACAAAAUUCUACAAAACUGCCCUCAAAUUCAUGCAAUUCUAAUAUUAAUUUUUAGAACUGGAUUGAUAGCCUAGGACAGCCCCGGGAUAGAAUGUAUUGAUUGUUGCAGUAUGUGUAUGUAUAUAUGUAUGUAAUUGGUCAGAGAUUAAUUGUAUGUAAUCUGCUGGAGAUUAAUUGAUUGCAUUGUUGUAUAUAUA